GGCGGAGGGGCGUGGCAUAGGAAGCGCCGUUGGUUGGUGCGUGGCUGAGGGGAGUGGCGCGAGCAGCGCCGUUGGUUGGCUGGCGGCGGGCGGGACGGGCAUGGCCCUGUUGCUGUGCCUGGUGGGCAUGACGGCGGCGCUGGCCCACGGCUGCCUGCACUGCCAGAGCAACUUCUCCGAGAAGUUCUCCUUCUACCGCCACCAUGUGAACCUCAAGUCUUGGUGGGUGGGCGACAUCCCCGUGUCAGGGGCGUUACUCACCGACUGGAGCGACAACACUAUGAAGGAGCUGCACCUGACCAUCCCCGCCGAGAUCACCUGGGAGAAGCUGGACCAAGUGGCGAGAGCCGUGUACCAGAGGAUGGAUCAGCUGUACCAGGGGAAGAUGUACUUCCCGGGAUAUUUCCCCAAUGAGCUGCGAAACAUUUUCCGGGAGCAGGUGCAACUCCUCCAGAACGCCAUCAUCGAAAGCCGCAUCGACUGUCAGCGCCACUGUGGCAUCUUCCAGUACGAGACCAUCUCCUGCAGCAACUGCACAGACUCGCACGUCAUCUGCUUUGGCUAUAACUGCGAGUCCUCGGAGCAGUGGAAGUCAGCGGUCCAGGGCCUCUUGAACUACAUAAAUAACUGGCACAAACAGGACAUGAGCAUGAGACCACGCUCUUCCUCCUCCUCCUGGCUCGGGACGCACAGAGCCACCCCAGCCUUCCUGGUAUCGCCAGCCUUCAGGUGUCUGGAGUCCCGACGCCUGGACAAUCUGACCUUGGAAAAUGCCGUCGAGUGUUUCAAGCAGCACUGACGGCGCUGGGCCUGCCCCCACACAACAUGGGGACCGGGACUCAGCCCCCUCCUGUCCUUCUGGAGCUGGGUGGCUGCUGCCUUAGGUCCCCCUCCACCCUGGACUCAGCCCGAGCUGGCCCGGGCCGGGAGGGUGGGGAUGCGGGUGGGCUGCACUGGGCAUCGGCACCUGGGCAGGUCCACGGAGCUCUGGAAUGUGGUGAUUAAAGUCCCUGAUGUUUCU